GUCAGGGGGCUCGGGUGCAAAGUUUGCUCGCCUGGUGCCUGCCGAGGGAGCGGCGCUGCCCGGGCCGCCCGCGCCGCGAAGGGGCCGCGCUCCGCUCGCCGCCGGGGCUCCGCUCGCCGCCGGGGCUCCGCUCGCCGCCGGGGCUCCGCCGCGCCCGCGGGCUGCGCGUCACGCCAACCGCCGGCCGCUCUCCUCACGCCUCCGCCGGGCCGGGCCGGCAGCCGCCGCCGUUGCUGCCGUUGGUGCCGCCGCCGCCACCGCCGCCGCUGCUGCCGCCCCGGCGCGAUGUGCGGCGGGAUGGCGGCGAAGGGGCCGGGCGAGCCGCGCUGGUGGCAGAACCGGCGGGCGCGGCUGCUGUGCAUGCUGGCGCUCACCUUCCUCUUCUUCGUGCUGGAGGUGGUGGUCAGCCGGAUCACGGCGUCGCUGGCCAUGCUCUCCGACUCCUUCCACAUGCUCUCCGAUGUCAUGGCCCUGGUGGUGGCGUUGGUGGCCGUGCGCUUCGCCCAGCGCACCCGCGCCACCAAGAAGAACACCUUCGGGUGGGUGCGGGCGGAGGUGAUGGGCGCCCUCGUCAACGCCGUCUUCCUCACCGCCCUCUGCUUCACCAUCCUGCUGGAGGCCAUCGAGCGCUUCACGGAGCCCCAUGAGAUCCAGCAGCCGCUGGUGGUCAUCGCCGUGGGAGUGGCGGGGCUUAUCGUCAACCUGCUGGGGCUCUGCCUCUUCAACCACCACGGCCUCGGGGGCCACGGCCAUUCCCACGGGCACGGGCACUCGCACGGUGGCAGGCAUCACCCCCGCGGUGGCCCCAAGCCCGAGCAGCCCCCCGGGGAUGGGGAGGCUGCGCUGCACCGGGAGGAGACCAGCACCUUGGUGGAGAACUGCAGCAGCUCCAACGGAGUCAGCCAGGAGAAGCUAAGUGAUACAAAAGACGACAUGGCUGACCUACAAGUGAAUGGGAAUGCUGGUCAUUAUCCUCUGGAUGUAGAGGAGGCAGAAGAAGACUCCAGCGCGCAGCUCAACAUGCGUGGAGUUUUUCUGCAUGUUUUUGGUGAUGCCUUAGGUUCAGUAAUUGUGGUAGUGAAUGCCUUGCUCUUUUAUGGGUUGUGGAAUCCAUGCCUCAACGAUAGGCCCUGCUUUAAUCCAUGUGUCCAUAACCAUUGCAUGGAAAAUGCUACUUUAUCCCAAGCACUUGGCAGAGCAAACAUGUCUGAGCAAGAGAGCAUUACGGUGGCUGGUCCGUGCUGGUUGCUGUACUUAGAUCCCAUCCUUUGCUUGAUCAUGGUCUGUAUACUUCUUUACACAACUUACCCAUUACUUAGGGAGUCAGCCCUUAUACUUCUACAGACUGUUCCCAAGCAAAUAGAUGUUCAUUCUUUGAACUCAAAAUUGCGCACCCUUGAAGGAGUUGAAGCGAUCCAUGAGUUACACAUUUGGCAGCUGGCAGGCAGUAGGAUCAUUGGCACUGCUCACAUAAAGUGUCCUGACCCUUCCACAUACAUGAUGGUGGCAAAGCGAAUAAAAGAGAUCUUUCAUGACGAAGGGAUUCAUGCAACUACCAUUCAGCCCGAGUUCGCCAGCGUUGGCUCUGAAUCGGGGAGAGGGAAAUGCGAGUUUCCUUGCAGGACUCAGUGUGCUUUGAAGCAGUGUUGCGGAACAGGAGAAGAUAGUACUGCAAAGAAGACAGAAAAAUCUUCGUCAUUUAGUAUUUCUUGUUCAGAAGUUGUCAUUGAAUUUCCGAAAACUAGGAGGACUAAGUCGGAGAGCAUCCCUUCAGUCAAGCUAGAGGCAAACACCGACCAAAACGAGCAGUUUGAAUCAUCUUUGUAACUCCUCGAAUGGUGCUACCUGCGUUUUGAUAACUUUGACAACAGCUGUGUUGCAAGAGGAAGAGACAGACGUUUCAGAUGCAAUUUUGCCAAGUAGUGUAAUUGCUGAGGCCCUUGUUGUUGUCAUAUUGCUACAUCUAGAUGCUUGUUUUAAAGAAUGGUGUCACUGUCAUGAUACAAUGUGUUUGUGUUGACUUUGUUCUGACAGACAGAAAGUGCACCAAUGCUGUAACAACUUGAGAAAACCAGUUUCAGCAUUUCAGCAGAGACACUGCUGCUGCUGUCCUUUGAAUGAAAAUAUUUUUUCCAGUGAAAAGGUAUUUGAGGGACAAGCAUGUAGAAACUCAAAUUACAUUACAGAUUUCUCUUACCUGCUCUUUCCUUUGAUAUUUGAUUUGUAGAUAUUUUAAUAUAUUGUUUAUUUAGAAGCCCUAAGGAAACCAAAGUUCAUAGAAUGUUUUUAAAGAUAGAACUACUUAAAACUGGAAACCACUUGGCAAUUUCACGUUUUUCUUAAAACUAUAUAGUAAUAAAUGUGAAUGCUUUUCUAAUUAUUUUCUCGUAUAGCGCAUCUUAAAGAGAACACAACAUGAUUGUUAGAAACUGUCCCCCCUUUUUCUGGUAAGGUAGUGAGGUAAUUAAAAUCAACUGCUUGUGAAAACAUCAGAUGUGAAAGGGUUUUUUUUAUUUCUAUCAGAAUGGAAGUUCAAGCUCUUCUGUAUAGUGCUUUGUGAUCAAGACGUGAGACUGACCGAUAAAGUAACGCAUACCUUCAUAUUUUACGGAUUUUUCUGUUUUUUCUUCUGUAUUUCCAAGUUGUGUCUGGUCACAAAAGUCUUCAAAGUUUAAAGAAUCCUUAACUCACAGUUCUAUGAAUGAAGAGCUGGAGCUUCACUUUCAACUCCUGCUCAGUUUAACAAGAUAAAUGAAUUAGUUAUGUCAAUAAGUGCUCUGUCGGGGAAAGCCUGCCAAACACUGACAGUAUAAUUCAUACUUCUUAAGCAUAGACAGUAGCCUCCGUGGUGCAUUUUGCUUGUGGUUUACUGUGCCUGCAACCACUUGCUGUGACUGCAGUCCUGUUUCCCACCGUGUCCUCAGGAGCCUUCCACUGACUUCUGAGGAAGUGGAGCAAGGAGUAGGAUUUCGUUCACUGUAUUUCACACUUGUAAGAUAUUUAUAUGUCUCACAAUUUCACUUAUUAAGUGUUGGAGUCUAUGAUUUAGAAUGUUAGCUCAGUUAAUUGACAACUGGCUCUAAAGAAGCUGUUACAGUAUGCUGCCAACUUGCACCUUAACAAAGGAGACUGGUCUAUGGACUCUGAAUUUGGCAGAGACUAGGUGAGAGUUGAAGAUAACAUGUACAAGAAAUCUGACUGAAAACCCUGACCCUUUCAAUCCACCCUCAAGUUACAUAUGGGAAGUAACAUCUUGUGAUUUAAUUGACUGCUCCUGUGCUAAAAACUGGAAAGCAACUCAAAUCUUCCAAAUGUUUGCUCUGUGACUCUGGACAUGAUAAACACUCUGCCUCAGUUUCCCUGUCUUAAAAUAGGGAUAAUACCUACCUCACAGGGGUGUUGUGAGGCUUAACUCUUGCAUGAAGAGCUCUGAGGUCUGUUACUGGAAGGUGCUAGAAGGAGUGUAAGAUACUAAAUGACACAGUAUUUACUCCUUCUACAAACGUAUUGCAGUACUUAGGCAUAGCAGAGGGAAAUGAGGAUAGUUUUGGCCUUAUGAAAUUCUUUGAUGCCGUGGUUUUCAGGUUUUUAACAGUAUUUAAAAUGUAGAUUUUUUUAAGAAGAAUGUUUUGUUGGUGAAGGCAACAUAGCUUUGCCUCCAGAUACAGAACACCUCCCUAGUUUGCAUUUCUAAAACGUGUCUAUUAAUGAUAAUUGCACCUAAGUAGUUUAAAAUAGUCUGCUGCUUGUCAGACCUGGAUUGGCCCAGGUCGAGUGAGUGGUCUUACCCAGCCUCUCAGUAGAGAAUUGCAGUCAACUCUCGAUUAUCCAGGGGUGGAUUACCAGUGUUGUGUGUUAACCAAGCAGUCUACGUAGGGCCAGACUAGCUCUGUAGUGUGUGCCAGUGCCUUGGCCAAUGCUGUGUGCCAAAGCACUAGAGAAGUAGAGGAGCUCAGUCAGUUUUGCACAAGCCCACUCUCACAGGGUUUGUUAGCUUGGGUGCAGUGCAGCACCCAGCAGUUACUUUGCCUCUUGACUGCUCAGAUGCAUCCACAGGAGCUGCUGUGUGUGGAUGGGUCUGUUCAUCUUCGCGCUACCUUGGGGAUGUUGGUGCUGUUGCAGCCAUCAGCGUCACUCACCUUUUUCUGUGUUUAUGCUUGUUGUAUAGUUUCAUACACUAACUUAAAUAUGUUAAUAUAGUAUUUAUAUAUGUUUUUGUUUUGUUUGAAUUAUCUUAACUCUUUCUUCUGUUACCUGUAUAUGAUCUAGAGUUGACUGUUAAAUGAGAUCUUGUAUGAAACUACGUUUGCAGAAUAUGCUGCCAUUGCUAGUAUACAACAAAGUAUUAACCAAGUAAAUUUUGAAAUGAACAAAGUACUAUUUUUUUGGAAAUGUGUAUCCUUUUUAUGGUAAACUUUCACUAAGUAUUUUCCUCACUAGUUUAAAAUUGGUCUUGGUCAUUAGUAUGAAUUACUGAGGUGCUGCCAUAUAUCACUAAUGCGCCAUAGAGCUACUGCUCUUUAUUUUAACAAACAACAACAAAACCAACCCCAAACCAUUAGCACUGAGAAGCCUGCCAUAGUUCUCUCCUGUUGCUCUUACAAAAAGAGAGCAGCUCUUAAAUCUUGACAGCUGCCACCAUUGCCUAACAGUCUCAGUAAAAGCACCUGAGUACAUGGAGUUGUAGUCACUAAUGCCGUUGUAACUAUUGAAUCCUUUUGUGUGCCAGAAGUCAUAUUUUUCUAUUUCUGUGUCCAUUGCAGGCAAUGGCUAGCUUAAAUACAAAAAAGCUCUCCCCCACAUUAUUUUUAUUAUCAGGACAGGAUGCAGAUGUGACAAUGAUGACGAUGGGGGCAGAAGGGGGAGUUGCGUGGCCUCUCUGUCAUAUGCCAUGUUGCAUGUGCAGCACCAGCUGGUGUUAACAAGGCUCUUGAGUCUCUUCAGCUCUCAACAGUAAAUUCCAUGAAAUAUAUAUAUAGAGAGAGAGUCAGGUCAAGGUGGUGGUUGUACAGCAGCAGGGACACAAUUUUUGUGUUUGUUCUGGCUGUAUGAGAACUGACUGUAGCCUGCUAGCUUGCAAUAUAGCUUGAUUUUUUUUUUUUUUGUCUGUGGUUACACAGGCCUGUUUUUUUCUGAAGAUCACCAUUCCAGAAUACUGGGAGCAUUCAAAAACACUUCACAGUCUCUUUUUUUUUUUUUUGCCACAACGCAUGAAACUCGUGAAUCUCAUGUAAGUGAACACUGCAGUGAUGGGGAGCUAAUUGUAUUGUGUAUCACAUUCCUGAAUUUUUAAAAUAAAAAAAUAUGGAACUUUGAUUUUAAGGAUAAAUAA